GGCCGUGGGGGGUUUUCCUGCUGAAAGGUUUCGUUAGUAGCGCUAAGGGAGUUCAGGAUUGUGCUGAGAUGCCACAGAAACCAGACUCGCCCAGACAGUAGCAGACUAGACACACCUGAGCAGACAGGUGGCAGCCCUACCCUCUACACAGCACCAGGCUGGACUCCAAAUCAUAUAUUAGGAGGAUUUGAGUUGGCGUGCAUGAGAGAUUGUCACGUUAAACACGAGCAGCACUAACGCAGACACAACCUGGAGCGUCUUAUAUAACUGAGAAAGCUCUCCUGCAUCAGAAGUGUCGUCGUCCUCACUCAUUCACAUUCUGGUGGUUCGACCCGCUCCUGUCCUGCCUGACCGGUGGUGGUGUUGGUCAGACAGCGGGCAGUGCCAUGCCCCAGGCGUAAGUACGUGUCUCCUGGCAGACUCGGGUGUGGUGGGCCGCCGGUUGGCGUCUGGCUGCAGGAGGUGAUGAAGCUGAAGCAGCGUGUGGUGGUGCUGUGCGCUGUGCUCUUUCUCCUCGGCCUGGCCAAGGUCUUCCUGCUGGAUGGAGGGGAGGGAUCGGCCGCCAGCCGCCGUGACCUCCGGGACUUCCGCAAGAUGGAGGCCAGCCUGGCCCUGGCCAAAGAAGCUCGCCUCACGCACACCUUGCAGUCGCCCUGGGAAGUGGCCGCCCAGUGGGUGGGUCCCCGGGAGGUGUUCCCAGACGAAACGCCUGAGCUAGCAGCCGUGCUGAACGCCCUGGCCACCGCUCGUGUAGAGAGGGCCGACGUGGGCUAUAAAGGCACCCAGCUGAAAGCCCUGCUGGUGCUCGACGGAGGACAGAAAGUGGUAUUCAAACCCAAGAGGUACGCUAGAGAUUAUGUGGUUGAAGGAGAGCCGUACGCAGGGUACGAUCGGCAUAAUGCAGAAAUCGCUGCUUUCCACUUGGACAGGAUCCUGGGUUUUAGAAGAGCGCCCCUGGUGGUGGGGAGGUUUAUGAAUCUGCGUACAGAGAUUAAGCCAGUAGCUACAGAUCAACUGCUGAGCACUUUCCUGAUGCACGGAAAUAAUACAUGUUUCUAUGGGAAGUGUUAUUACUGUCGUGAGACUGAGCCUGCGUGUGCAGAGGGGGAUGUGAUGGAGGGAUCGGUUACCCUGUGGCUCCCUGACGUCUGGCCCUUACAGAAACAUAGACACCCAUGGGGACGGACAUACCGAGAGGGCAAACUCGCCAGGUGGGAGUAUGAUGAGAGCUACUGCGAGGCCGUGAAGAAAAUGCCUCCUUACGAUGCCGGUCCACGGCUCCUGGAUGUUAUCGACACAGCCAUCUUUGAUUACCUUAUUGGUAAUGCUGAUCGCCAUCACUAUGAGAGUUUCCAGGACGAUGGAGGAGCCAGUAUGCUCAUCCUUCUGGACAAUGCCAAAAGUUUUGGGAACCCAGCUCUGGACGAGAGGAGUAUUCUCGCUCCUCUUUAUCAGUGUUGCAUGGUCCGUGUUUCCACCUGGAACAGACUAAACCUGCUGAAAGGUGGAGUGUUGAGUUCAGCGAUGCGACAGGCCACGGCCCACGAUCCUGUGUUUCCGGUGCUGACGGGGCCACAUCUCACCGCGCUCGACCGCCGUCUCAACGGAGUGCUGGCCACCGUGCGGCAGUGCAUGGAGACGCAGGGCGCCGACAACACGCUGAUCGAGGACCGCAUGAACCUGCCUCAUCCUUAAACACGGGAAGUAAAAAGGUGUUUGACUCUUAAUGCACAGGGUCCUUUCACCUUCCUGCUAUGGAGCCAGAGAACCGGAGGCCACAAGAAGCCUUAAGAGCCAACCUGGUGGAGUUUGUUUGUCACUGGAUUCAUUCGAGUCAGACCACAGAGGCCAAGAAGACUCUCCAUACUGUUUUUUUCUUGCUCUCUGGGUGGAGUGAGGAUGCUUUGACAUGUAGGUGGUGUAAACUUCACCUGUUUCCAGUUAUUGUUUUUCUUCCUGGUUCACUCUGUCUUUUCUCUUUUGCCACUUAAGCCUGUUUGCAGGAAGAUGGAUGAACAGUUUUUCAGAGUUACAAAUAUGGAACUUGGAAUGAGAUCUUUGGAGUAAUUAGACUCAGGAAGCUGGAAAGUGACCAAGAUGGAUCCAGAAGACUAUUAACAGACCUUUGGAGAAGAUCUCUCACAUUGUACAUACAGAACAAGCUUUUGAAUAAUACUGAGUAAUAAUAUUAUUGAUCUAAAGAUAAAAUGAAUUAUGAUAGACUCACUUUGUUCUGUAUCCAGGAUGAAUACAGUGUUGAACAGAGCUGGGCGGCUGUUGCUACUGAUGUUCAGAGAAGAUGAUUCAGACGACAGCAUUCUAAGAUUGCUAAACUCACUGGAGAAAUGUAGCAUUACAUCACUUGC